GUGUGUGUGAGAGUGUGUGCGCACUCGCACUUGACACCGCGCUCGGUACUUUGUGUUGUGUUUGUCUCCCCGCAGCGGGGGUGGGCGUGCGGAGCCUCUGACCCCUCCGUCGCCCACUCGCGUUUUUCCCGUCUCUCCCUCUUCUCCGCAGCUCGAGGGGGGCUAUGGAUGGACUGCGUUUACCUCCACUCAUAGAGGAGGCUUUGGACUCUACAGAUGACCCUUCUGAUCUGAAAGCCGAGAGCAGCCCCACCAUGGACAACGAGAUUACAGACAAAGAGCGAGGCGUCCUGGAAGAGAACAACGAGAAGGAGGAGAUGGACCAUGAAAGAUGUCCCGAGGAUGAGGGGGAAGAAAAGAAACUGAGGGACGAGGAGGGCGAGGGAGAGGAGAAGCAGAAGAAGGAGCAGGAGCCUCUGACGGAGGAGCAGGAGCUGGAGGAGCUGAGGGCCCAGGUGCUGCAGCUUCUGCUGGAGCUGGACGAAGCCCGAGAUACUUCUAACAGACACCAGGAGAGCUUCCAUGAGUUGCAAGGUUUGUUGGAGGAUGAGCGUUUGGCUAGUGCCCAUCAGGCUGAGGCCUUCACACGACAGAUCCAGAACCUACAAGCCCAGCUGCGCUCCGUGCAGGAGGAGAUGGACAGCCUGGAGGAGGAGAAGGAGAGCGAGCUGGCCGAGGCGCAGGAGGAGCUGCGCGCGGCCCAGGAGGAGGUGCUGCUGCUGCAGCAGGCGGCGGAGGAGGCGGCGGCGGAGCGGGAGAACGACAUCGCCUCCCUGCAGGAGGAGCUGUGCCGCCGGCGGGCCGAGCUGCAGCGCCUCAGCGAGGAGACCCAGGAGUACGAGCUGGAGAUCACCACGCUGAGGGCCGAGAUCAGCAUGAAGAGCCAGCGCAGGGAGGCCGAGAGGAGAGAGGGCGACGUGGACCUGCUGAAGGAGGAGUGCCGUAUGCUGAAGGAGGAGUGUCAGGCCCUGAAGGAGGACAACAGGCGUCUCUCUGAGAGGCUGCAGCUGCUGCAGAGGCAGAGGACAUGCUCGAGUGUAUACCUGUCUCUGAAAGAGGAGGACGCUGUGGAGGGCCCCGAGGGGAAGGUGAUGGAGAUGGGCUCGGACGAGGUCAUGACGGAGAGCUACAUGACCAUGGCCCAGUCUGGCAACUGUCGCCUGGUGGACGCCUCCAUCCAGAAGAAUAUCUCCUUCGACGGGAAGCCGAUGACGCCCACGGGCUGGAACGGAGGCGCCGGGGAGGUGUUCUCUCUGAGAGACCAGCUGAAGCAGGCCGAGGAGAAGGCCUCGCAGGUUCAGAGAGAGUGUGAUGGCCUGAAGAUGGAGCUGCAGGAGCUGCAGGUCCUGUAUGACAGCAGUCAGAGAGAGCGGGCAGAGCUGGAGGAGGAGCUGCAGCGCUGCAAGGCCGAGCUGGAGAAGCUGUCAGGGGGUUCUCAGGGGAUUGAGGUAGGUUGGAGCUCCGUUGUGACUCUGACCGCGGCCACAGCAGUGAUGCUGGCCAUGGCUAGCUUAUUGAGGGCUCUUGUCCGGUGUUGACGGGAUGGGUAACAUCUGCUCAAGGAUGGACGUCUGCUUCAGACCAGCCUUGCUUCUUUCCUGCCACAUCCGUAGGCUAAACUGGAAUAACUUGUAAAUGUUUUACAGCUGACAGCAGUUUAGUAGAAAAUAAAUGGGAAGUGUUUAUUAGACGGUACUAGGUGCACGGAGGGACUGAGAAUGAUGCCCUCAGUCUUGCUUGAGAUAGAAAAGAACGGGUGACAUUGAGCUGUCCUGCAGGGAGCCCACAGGAGGACCGAUCUGUCCAAUAAAUGUCUCCUAGUACUGUGUCCCUCCCUCUCUGUGUCUGUGAAUAUGAUGUUUUUUCUCUUUUAAAACGUGACAGAUUGAAGUUCUUGUUUAUUAAAGCACACUAUAAUCAGUGUCAUUUUAUUGAACCUUUAUUUAUUCAUGUUUGUUCAGCUAUUGCUUGUGUCUCUGAUAACAACGACAAACAUUGAGGUAGUUUACUAAAAAUGUACAUGUACAAAUAAAGCUAAAUGACUAGCCACCUACAAAUGUAAGCCUGCCAGUCUUGUUCUGCACCUUUCAGGGGUCAGUUCUUUUUUCUUUGUAAAUACCAAUGAUGUGACAGUACGAGACACACGGGUAUUGCUUACUAAGUACCUGCCAAUGUAUUCUUAGAGCGUAAUAUUUAAGUAUGGCAUGUAACCUCGACUGGGUGGAGUCGUCUCCUCUUCACCUUUAAUUAACCGCCACAAAGUCACUGCAGUCUGACUUGCCCGCUUGAAAUUCACCCUGGGAUCUUACAGCCUCACAGAGCUGCACUACUACACCCAUCACAGGAUGAUUUGCUGUAGUCUUGUUAUGUUCCAGGAGCUUUUUCAGGACCUUUGGGAGAAAAAUAAUGGUUGGAUUGAGCCUUGUUGUCACAGUUUCUAACAUUUUAGCUCAGCGUCAAUUAAACUUUUCUUCUUUUUCCAUCAGCAUCGUAUUGGCUUGGUUUUCCGAAGGGAGUUUUUAGAAGUGUUACCGUAAAUUGUUGGAGGUGCACAGUUUGAAAAUGCUGACUGUCAUUUUUAUGUGUGGAGAGGGAAGGAACAAAACUGCAGCGCUCGGAAAUCCCCAGUGUGUUUGGUAAUGAUCAGUUACACCAUACAUGCAGUAAAGUAUGAACAUGGUUAGUUGUUUGUGAGGGUCCAAAUCAUGUAAACAGGAAGGUGCAUGAAAGGUUUAGACUUAGCACCACUUAAAACAUGUAGAAAUUGAAAUUAUUUGUUUA